AUGGCGAAGACAAGUGCGUACAAUGUCGGUAUUGGCAUGAUCGUUGCCCUCGGGAGCUUCAAUUAUGGCUUUGGAUUCGCAACCUUCGCAACGUCAAUCGGCCAACCAGGCUUUUACGAAUACUUCGCUCUCGACCCCAAAUCAAGCUACACCAACUCCAUCCUCGGCGCUGUUAAUGCUCUCUUCUUUCUUGGAGCCUGUAUCGGCGCCUUGACCUCUGGCCCUCUGUCAGACCACAUCGGUCGCAAAUGGACCAUCUUCAGCGCCGCGGCUAUCGCUCUGGUAGGCGGAGCAUUGACCGCGGGUAGUGUGCAUAUCGCCAUGUUGAUCGUGGUUCGCAUCCUCCAAGGUUGUGGGCUUGGUGGACUUGCGACGCUGACACCCGUCUACCUCGCCGAGUCGUCCACAAAGGAGAAGCGAGGCAUGCUCACAGGUCUCCACGGCUUCUUCCUCGUUUUUGGCUACAACACCAGCGCAUGGGUAGGCUACGGAUGCUACUUCUCCAAGAAUCUGACGUUUGGCUGGCGAGGCCCAAUAGCGUUCACAUGCAUUCCCGCUCUCGCCUUACUCAUCGGCUGUAUCUGGGUUCCAGAGUCACCUCGGUAUCUGCUGAUGAAAGAUCGUUCGGACGAGGCGUGGCAGAACGUGCAGCGACUGCACCGAGAUCCGUCAGAUCCAGAUGACACAGCCGCGCACGAGGAAUUUGCGGCGAUGCGAGCGCAGAUUGCUUUCGAACGCACGCAGCCCUCAGGCUACUGGGCUAUCUUGACGACGAAGAGCUAUCGAAAGCGAGCGUUCUUGUCUUGCUUCGUGCAACUUGCGUCGAACAAUACCGGCGGACUGGUCAUCAACUACUAUAGUGUGAUCAUAUACGGCGAUCUGGGCCUGACUGGUAGUCUGCCACUGCUGAUGUAUUGUAUAUACACUUUGAUUGGUGCACUUGGAAAUCUCUGCGGCCUCCUAACAGUGGACAAGACUGGCAGGCGUCUCGCUCUGCUCACUGGCUUCACCGGCUGCCUGCUCGCACUCGUCAUCGAAAUUGCCAUGCUGGGCAAAUAUGUCGCGGUGCCGGUACCCAACAUCGCAGGAGAAAAGGUCGCCAUCUUCGCCAUCAUGUUCUUCGUGUUCUUUUACGGCUUCUUCAUCGAUGCGGCUUCCUUCAUCUACAGCUCUGAGAUCUAUCCCACCAACAUUCGAGCCAGAGGCAUGGCCAUGGCCACCUUCACGUACUUUGCUGCGUGUAUUACAUAUGUCACCCCAGGUGCCACAGCAGUCGCAAAUAUUGGUUGGCGCUACUUCAUCGUCUUUGCGUGUCUGACAGUCAUCACCAUUGUCGUGAUAUACUUCUUCUACCCCGAGACCAACCAGAAGAGCUUGGAGGAGCUGGCAGCACACUUCGGAGAGACUGUCGUAGAUGGUGAUUUCGAGAAAUCGUCUGGUCUAGAAAAGAGUGCGAUCGAGCGGAGGGAAAUCCUCUGA